GCGCAAGCUGACCUCGAUGCGCUUCUAUCUAUCUUCGCUUCUUCACUAUUCUUGCUUGUAUCACGCGUUCGCCCUUUGCCCCGCGAGCGAGUCGCUGAGCGAACCGCCCGUGGACGACCCAGCCCUGAGCUCACCCAGCACCAGCAGCACCUGGCUUGCAGCCAGAGUGUCCGUACGGCAGCAUCGUUUCGGACAGGGAGCAAGGACAUCGAUCAAUCCACAUCGUCGACCUCGUCAACCUCGACCUCUUGCUCUCCCCUCCUUUCUUACUUCAGGCUCUCCUCGCAAAAGAAAAAGCAACUCACCUCGGCUUUUCACCACCUCGAUCAAUCAUGUCUGAAUCUCUCGUCUACAAGGGAUCCCUCGAGGGACACGGAGGAUGGGUCACCGCCAUCGCUACCAGCUCGGAGAACCCGGACAUGAUCUUGACCGCUUCCAGGGACAAGAGCAUCAUCGUCUGGCAACUCACCCGAGAUGACGGCGAGUACGGUUUCCCCAAGAAGAUCUUGAAGGGUCACAACCACUUCGUCUCGGACGUCGUCAUCUCGUCUGACGGCCAAUUCGCCCUCUCCUCGUCGUGGGACCACACCCUCCGACUCUGGGACCUCAACACCGGAUCGACCACCCGACGAUUCGUCGGUCACACCGCCGACGUCCUCUCGGUCUCUUUCUCGGCUGACAACAGGCAGAUCGUCUCGGCCUCGCGAGACAAGACGAUCAAGCUCUGGAACACUUUGGGAGAGUGCAAGUUUGACAUCAAGGAGGAGGGUCACUCCGAGUGGGUUUCGUGCGUUCGAUUCUCGCCCAACCCUGCCAACCCCGUCAUCGUCUCUGCCGGUUGGGACAAGGUCGUCAAGGUCUGGGAGUUGUCCAAGUGCAAGCUCAAGACCAACCACCACGGACACACUGGAUACAUCAACACCCUCUCCGUCUCGCCCGACGGUUCCUUGGCCGCUUCCGGUGGCAAGGACGGUAUCACCAUGCUCUGGGACUUGAACGAGGGCAAACACUUGUACUCUUUGGAGGCUGGUGACAUUGUCAACGCUUUGGUCUUCUCGCCCAACAGGUACUGGUUGUGCGCCGCUACCGCUUCGUGCAUCAAGAUCUUCGACUUGGAGAGCAAGUCGAUCGUCGACGAGCUCAAGCCCGACUCGCUUUCUAACGACAACACCAAGAGCCCCGAGGCCAUCUCGCUCGCCUGGUCCGCUGACGGUCAGACCCUCUUUGCCGGUCUUUCCGACAACACCGUCCGAGUCUGGACCGUCGUAUAAUUGCGAAGCAGCGCAUGAGGUAUAUCGACAGGCUCGACGACGGAGAUGGGAUGCAAAAGGGAAGAUGAUGAUGACGAGGAGGGAAAAGAGGCGCGGGUCGAUUGUGUCUCUUUUUCUGUUGUGUAAUCGUUUUCAAGAACGAAGAUGAGAUGUGUCCGCCCCCGC